AUGUGUACAAAGAAGACUAUAAGUUUAUUUUUACUUUUUAUGUGUUAUUAUGUUGAUGGGAAAAGUGUUUUAAGAAAGAAAAAUCGUGUGUUUGGUAAUACUCAGUUAACAGAUAAAUUAGAUAAUAAAACAGCUUUUUUAAAUUUAAAAAACGUCAAAACGCAUAAUGAAAAUAAGGAAAGGGCAGUACUGCAUAAUAAUUCUGAACAUUUGAAUAAGAAUUCUUUAGAAGCAAAAAAAAAUGAAUCGUUCAUAUUUUUAAAAGCCAAAUCGAAAGAGAAUGAAAAUGAUGACGAUGAAGACAGCGAUGAUGAAGAGGAUGAAAAUGGAGGAAACCAAAGCGACAACAACAGUGAAAAUAAUAGUAGUAAUGAUGAGGAAAGUGAUAAUAAUAGUAUUGAUGAUCAUAACCAUAAUGAUAAUAAGGGGAAUAAUAUGCAACCAAAUAAUUAUAACCAUCCGAUGAAUAACAAGAACAAUAAUCCUAAUAACAGUGCAUAUACGGCUCUUCCUCCACCACCCCCCGUAGCUUAUCAUCCUUCCAGCUUACCAAAAACUGCUUCAGGAAUAGUAGGGCAUGUCGUUUCGAAGGUUUUUACAACGGGCUUGCAGUUGAUGGGCGUGCCAUAG